AUGACGAGUAUUGACGACCUGUUCAAGAAGCCAUUUCUCCCUUCGAUCAACGGCGGAAUCAAGCGCAAAUUCGACGGUCAAGAUGCAGAGGCAGCAUACAAAUCAGCGAAACUAGACCCGAGUGUCGAGGAUGCGCCAGAGAAUGAAGAUGAAGACAUGGAGGCCGGACCCGAACUACCGCCAGACGAGGAUGAAGAUGAAGAGGGACGCUUCUUUGGCAGCGGCACGAACCAACACACCAACGCGGCACUGGACUUUGUCGAUCGAGCAGACGACGGCGCAGACAUCAAGGCAGAGAAGAUAGAUCAAGCAUGGGUGCGCCGUCUGGGCUUGAGUUUCGAACGGAAAAUCAACAAGAACAGCGAGCUGCGCGCAAAGUACGAGAGCGACCCGUCACGCUUCGUGGCCAGCGAGGCCGACCUGGACGCCGAGAUCAAGAGUUUGAGCAUUCUGUCAGAACACCCGGAGCUGUACAAGGAUUUUGCAAGCAUUGGCUGCGCCGCAAGUCUGGUCUCCCUCCUGUCGCACGAAAACACAGAUAUCGCCAUCGACGCCAUUGAGAUCAUCUCGGAAUUGCUAGACGACGACGUGCAAGCAGAGCAAGAGCAAUGGGACACUCUAGUAUCAGCCAUGCUUGAAGCUGACCUCAUCGACCUCCUCCUCGCCAACCUCGACCGCCUAGACGAAAACCUCGAAGCCGAUCGAAGUGGCGUCUAUCACUCGCUCGCAGUCCUCGAAGCCCUCUCCUCCAGUUCCACCACCGCAGACACAAUCGCACAAGAACCCAUUCUCAAAUACCUCCUCACCCGCAUCUCACGCUCAGAGAAGUCCGUAUCCCAGAACAAACAAUACGCCGCCGAAGUCCUUCAAGUGCUUGCCCAAGCCUCCACAUCCGUUCGCGAUCGCUUAAUCUCCCUUGACGCGAUCGACAACCUCCUCCAAUUGCUCUCCGCAUACCGCAAGCGUGACCCCGAGCGCGACAGCACAGAAGAAGAAUACGCAGAAGACCUUUUCGAUACUUUGACCUGCCUCUCCCAACCCUCUCCUGGCAAACAGGCUUUCCUUGCCGCAGAAGGAACAGAAUUGAUGCUGCUCAUGCUCAAGGAAGCUAAGUUCUCAAAACCUCGCUCCCUCAAGGUGCUGGAUCAUGCACUUUCCGGUUCAUCUGGCCAACCUGUGGCGGAAAAAUUCAUAGACGCUGCAGGACUAAAACCUCUGUUUUCAACCUUCAUGAAGAAAAAUCUGGAAGCAGCGGAUACGGAACAUGUGCUAGGAAUCUUUUCCGCCCUGUUGCGUCUGCUACCUGGCGAAUCUUCCCACCGUAUCCGUCUCCUCGCCAAAUUCGUGGAAAAGGAGUACGAGAAACUCGACAAACUGGUCAAACUACGACAUGAAUACGCAAGCAAGGCAAAGGAUCUAGAUGAUAUUGAUGCAGGAGCUGCAGUCUAUUGUCUCAAUACUCUCGAUGUCGUUUUGACCUGGCUGGUUGCUGAGGAUGGAGGCGCGAGGAAGAGGAUUGUAGCAGGUUUAGCGGACAGGGAUGAAGGGCUAGAGACAUUGAAGAAGAGCUUGCAAGAUCAGCUCCAUGAGGUUGAUACGGAGGAAGAGGGAAAUGUGGCUGAGAUGCUUACAGCGCUUAUUGAGUGCUUGUGA